AUUAGCAUCCAUUGGUAGAUUGAUAGAUUGUAGAUUGUAACAAAUCUAGGUGCUGGAACCUUUAAAUCUGUUUAAAUAGGGACUCUGUGAUUUAACAUGCUGUUGUUUUUAGAAGGUCUAGAUCAUUAGGAUAUGUCACGCUGUAUUAAAGGGAAUGGAUAUUAUUAUGAACAUUUACUGAAGGUACAACAAUAGAAAUGAUAGGAUCAAGACUGUAUACAACUUUAUGGAUAACCAUUUUUGCUGGGUUGGUAUCCAGUCAAAGCUGUGACUUUGAAAGUGAUUUCUGCGGUUGGACAAAUGAGGCCAGCGCCAUCUGGGAGAGAUUAAAUACUGCUACUGAAACAACAUCUACAGGCCCCGAUCGAGGACACACAACGAAUACAACCAAUUAUUUUGCUUACUUAAAUGUACGAGAUUAUAAAGAUGUAAACAAAAUAGUUAUACCUAACACAACAGCUGUACUAGUCAGUGAGAGUCUUUCAAUUAAUUCUGAUAUCUGCUUUCGGUUUUAUUAUCAUAUGUACGGUGCAGCUAUAAAUAGACUAUCUAUGGGUAUUUUGAAUGACAGUAAAAAGCAGCAGAUGUUUAUUAAAACUGGAGAUCAAAAUAAUUCAUGGCAUUGUGGUAGUUUUGAUGUUCAGACGACAGUAAAUACAAAGAUCUAUAUUGAAGCAGUAACUGGUGAGAAUAUAUUUGGAGAUAUAGCUAUAGAUGAUCUGGAGAUAAUCCAAGGCAAAUGUAACUCAAGUUGCGGUACUAUAUCACCAGACAGUCCUACGACAUUACCAAGUAAUAUAAUAACCAAUUCGACGAGUCCUGUUCGAUCGUCACCUACAACACAACCAGGCAACCCCGGGACGACAAAAGAGACGUUUAAUCCUGUUACAGAUAAUAUUUUGAUAUAUGCUACUUGUAUACCCAUAGCAGUAUUAAUACUAAUAGGUGUGGUAGCCUUCAUCUGUUACAAGAACAAGAAGAAGCCAGAAAUAUUUCAACCUCCGCGUUACGGCCGCCGGAUUUCAAACAUACAAUACCAAAGUUACGACAGGCCAGUAGAAGAAGAAGAAACCUACGAUUACAUAGAUGAUAAUCAAAUGAGAGAAAACCAAACUGAUCUUGGUAAUCCAGAUUACCAAACGUUACCUGAAGACGGUGGAUACAUUCUACCACCUCCACCACCACCACCCCCACCUUGUGGUCCAACCACCUACAUUCAGGCGAUCAAUGGUUCAGAUGAUCCAGACGAUUCAGUCAGGUUUUAAUAAUAUACACAUUACCUAGAUACAAUAUCCACCGUUGUUUCAGUGGCAUUUAGUAAUUAAACUUGAAAUAUA